GCGUCUUGUUGGCCAGUGCAUCGGUUCGCCGGUCGGCUUUUUUUUCUUUUCUUUUUUUUAUCUCGCAGGUUUUUAGCAGCUGAGGGGAAAGAAGAAGAAAAAAGGAAAAAAAAAAAAAAAGGGGAAGCAACUGGCCGAAGGGGCAGCAUCGGCGGCGCGGUGCUAUGGACCUCAGGGACAAUGUCGAGACAGGGGAGACGGAAAACAACCCGGAGCCCUUCUACGUGCCGAUUCCCGACGACGUGCCGUACAAGAGGGAGCAGGAGAAGCUGUCGGGGGUCGUCAAAAACGUCCACAGAAAACUGCGCAGGAAAUACAGAGAGGUGGGCGACUUUGACAAGAUCUGGCGCGAGCACUGUAAAGAUGAGCAGACACUGAGCGAGUACGCCCUCGCUAUGAAGAAUCUUGCCGACAACCACUGGACCAAAAACUGCGAGGGAGAGGGACGCAUCGAAUGGUGUCGCAGCGUCUGUCAAGAAUAUUUCUUGGAAGGCGGGAUGAAAAGAAUGGUAGAAAAGGAUGCGAAAAGCGCCAUGCUUACCAUGGGUCUUACUGCAGAUUCUGUAAGUGCCCAACCGUACAGCACCAUCCCCAGUUCCAUCUCUCAGCUGGGGAAAAUGCGCCUUCUUGACGUGGGAAGCUGCUUCAACCCUUUCUUAAAGUUUGAUGAAUUCCUGACAGUUGGUAUUGACAUAGUGCCUGCAGUUGAGAGUGUGUACAAGUGUGACUUCCUCAACCUUCAGCUCCAGCAGCCUCUCCAGCUGGCGUGCGACGCGGUAGAGGCCUUCCUCCGCCAGCUCCACAACCCCAUCGAUACGCUGCCUGCUCAGCUUUUCCACGUGGUGGUCUUCUCCCUGCUUCUGUCCUACUUCCCCUCACCGUACCAGCGCUGGAUCUGCUGCAAGAAGGCCCACGAGCUGCUGGAGCUGCACGGCCUGCUGCUCAUCAUCACGCCCGACUCCUCCCACCAAAACCGCCACGCCCUCAUGAUGCGCAGUUGGCGCGUCGCAGUGGAGUCCCUGGGCUUCAAGCGGUACAAAUACGUCAAGUAUUCCCACAUGCAUCUCAUCGCCUUCCGUAAGGCGUCUCUGGCCACCACCAGCGACCUGGUGUCCCGCAACUACCCAGAGAUGCUCUACAUCCCUCAGGACUUCCACUCCAACGAGGAGGAGGAGUGCGGCGACGUCCCCGUGCAGGUGCGCUCCGAGUUUGAGGACGACCAGAUGGCGUGGGGCUUCACGGAGCUACCUGACACGCCCUACGACUCAGAUUCUGGGGAGAGCCAGAGCAGCUCGGUGCCUGGCUUCCAUGAGCUAGAAGACCCCAUCCUGCUUCAGAGCUAGGCUCAACCAGCUCCACCCCCCCCCACCACCACUCUCUCCUUUUCUCUACGUAACUGUCACCUCCCCUUCAACUGCUGCGCUGCCAAAUUUAAACCUGCUGCAUUCUUCUCCCACUUGUCCUCCCUUUCCUCAAAACAAUGCAGUUUGCACAGUGCGAAAGCGAGAAGUUUACAGAUUAUUUUCUCAUAUCCACACUCCUCUGAGAGUACACACACACACACACACACACACACUCUCACACACAAAGAUGGAUAUAUUUUGAUAAAUAUCUAGAUUUUUUUAAAAGAGUUGGAAAGUGAAUGCCCCUCAGAUAUCUAAACUCCCUGCUACUUGAUUUCCAUGCAAUCUUCCAAUCAGCUUUCAAUAACAAAAGUCAGCUUGUCUGCAUUCUGUACUCUGCCUUUAUUUUAAUAAGCUAGUGUGGCAGGCUGCUUGGUACAAAACACAAAUGCAGCGACCCCAGCAGUCUGGCAGGAGUUUGAUUGCACUGGAAAGACUGAGAUGGAAAGACUGGACUGGUACGCUUGCUUCCGUCAGUCAUGCAGCUAGACUUUCUGAAAAAUCUUGAUGUGCGUUUAGUUUUCCAAGACAAAAAAAUAAGUUCCUUUUUUUUUUUUUUAGAUAUAUAUCUCAAAAAACAGUCAAAACAUUGGUGUUGUCCAGUGUAAAGUGUGGCAAUGCCAUUUUAACUUGCCAUCCUCUGAAUGAUUUGUGUAAUCUUUUACAACAAAGUGGUAUUUGUAGCAUUUUAAACAUUUUCAGAACCAUAAGGUAGGAGUAUUACUAGGUUUACUAAUGUGAAACUGUAACUUGUGUUUACUCAUUGCGUAACAAGGUACAAGUGCUUCAAUGUAGGUAUUAGUUGUUUUUUUUUUUUUCUCGCCUCCUCGUUGUCCUCACAAAUAUUACAACUUAAUUAUCUCCUGUUAGCUUUCCAAUACAUUUCUUGUUCUCUAGCAGAAACAUAGUACAACACUGUAAGCCAGUGGCCCAUAUCAAAAUGGACUUUAAAGCACCAGUAUCCUUUGACACAAUUUUGUAACUUCAAUGUGAAAUUACAGUAAGUACUCUGCCUCCAGAAAAAGGUCGCAGACGAUUCACCUUGACGGAAGAUAUUUGCACUAAUUUACUUUUUUUUUUUUUUUUUUUUUGUCAAACCGAAAACCUCUAGAGACGGGUGAGAAACAGUCGAUUUUAGCAAUAGCAAGCGAGAACAGAUCUGAAGACGGCUGUGUCUGACGACGGGAGGUUUUAGCUGAAGACACUACCGGGUGAAACGUUUGGUGCGCGUGUGGUCCGGCCUCUCCCCGAGCGGGCUGAAUGUGUGGUUGGAUUUGUCCAGUGUGAAUGAAAAGAAUGAAUUUGUGUUGAUGUCAGUGGCACUUUAUCAUUGAUCCCAAAGGGGUGUCACAAAAUGUAAUUAUUUUCCUAUGAUGACCGUUUUACAACCAAUAUGAUGGGCCCGCGAGAUAACAGUCGGUCUAAGGUGCCUUCUUUGUUCACACGAUGCUGUAUGUUGCAAGUGGAUUUCCAUGCACCUGGAGAAAGUGGAACUCGUACCCUUUUUAAACGGGAAGAUAUCAAGCUUCUCUGGCCAAAUAGUAUCUACUAACUGUCCAGUUCUCCUCUAUCAUAUUAAUGGCUACCAAGAAACAUUUCCAGUGUUGAUGUAAUGCAGUGUGUUCCCAUUCCCAUCUCGUUUUCCAGGUAACAAGACAGUUCUCUCUGCUUAUAUCUUCUCUGCGUUAACCGAAAAUAACACAAACACACACACACACACACACUCCCAAAAAAACCUUUCGCAGUACCACACAAAUUCAGAAUUUUUAAGUUUUGUGAUGAAUCGGUGCUUUUUGUCUUCCAAUGUUUCUUUAGGUGCAUUUGAGUUGUUUCAUCUUCAUUAUCAACAAUGCAGAACAAUGUGUGCUUAUAGUAUGGUUGUAUUUCUCUUUUAUAAAUGAAUGUAAAUGUA